AUGGACAUCUUUCGCAACGCAAAACAAACCGAACGGGAAAACACCGCGAGACGACGACACCAACAAACUCGUGGCAACGUGGUCUCGGUAGCACAGAAUCGUUGCUUUGCAGAGAACCCACUUCAUAUACUGGCCGAGAUUCUCCCAUUGAGUUGCUUCAAGAGCGGCGCGCCGAGUCCCAAGCCGGUCUUUUUGUACGAGAAACAAGAGGAGGAGAGUGUUCCGUGGGUGAUCACGACCGAUAGUUCGGACGAGGAUGUCUCCAUUCUCGACGACGACAAGGAGUUUUUUAUCAAUGACAUUAAAGAUCAAGUCCGAUCCCAGCAGCUUCAACAACGACAGCAUCCACGAGGAUUGUCGAUUGCCAAGCAAGCCAAUAGUCCGUAUCGUCGCUACUACGAGCCCGAAACGGUGAAGGAGAGCAACGAGGAGGAGGAGCGAGAAGAUGAUGCCAAUGACGAGGAAGAAGAUUACUUCUUCAAUGUGCCGUUGAACAGUUUUGACCGACGAAUGGUGUGA